UUCAAAGCCGUGAGACAGUUUUGUUAGUUAUAAAGCGGCAAGCAAUACAAACUGUUUGCCACGGAAAAUACAAAAAGAAAAACGCGACUUGUUGUGCAAUUUAAAAGCGACCACACCACACACAUUAGACACAAUGAGCAGCAACGAUGGUGGCGAUGUGGUGCUCGUUACGGGCGGCAGUGGAUUUCUAGGUCAGCAUAUCAUUAAGCUAUUGCUCGAACAGCGCAAGGAGCUCAACAUUAAAGAGAUACGCUCGCUGGACAUUGUGCCCUACAAGAACAACAUUGGACACGAGGAGACGAAGCUGUUGCGCACUUUUGAGGGCGACAUCGGAGGUGAUCUAGAGAGCUUGCACAAAGUCUUUGCUGGCGUUGAUAGCGUCUUCCACUGCGCCGCAUUGGUUGACAUUGCAUAUCCGCCCAAUUAUGCCGAACUCGAAAGGGUUAACAUUAAAGGCACCCGCGCCGUUGUGGAUCUUUGCAUACAGAACAAUGUGAAGCGUUUGGUCUACAGCAGCUGCACCUCGGUUAACUUUGUGCCCUUCAAGGGACGCAGCACCUUCUCGGCGGUCAUCAACUCGACAGAAUCCAAGACAGAGACGCCCACGCUGGACAGCUCGAAGUUAUGGGAGCAGGACAAAGAGUUCCUGAUUGCGGGCUACGCUUCGAGCAAACUGCGAGCCGAGAACAUUGUGCUCAACUCGAAUGGAGCACCGCUGCUCAACCAGUUGGAUUAUUUGGCCACCAGCGCAAUACGCGCUCCAUUGACGUACGGCGAAUGCGAUUCGCACUUUGUCACCGACACUUUUGAGUAUCUCUCGAAACGAGAUUGGGUUUUUCCCCGCAUCGCUGGCGUGGGUGGCAAACAGCAGUUGGUCUACGCUGGCAAUGUGGCCUGGGGUCACAUCUGUGCCUAUAAGGCGCUUAAGGUGUCCACCAAAGCGGUCAAUGGUCUGCCAGUUUUUGUCACCGACGACACCGGCAUCAACGAUGUGUCGCGUUUCUUGCAAAAAAUGGCAUUGAUGGGCGAACGCUUUAAGGUCAAGACCAGCUGGUGGUAUUUGCCGCAUUUUUUGUUCUUCUUCCUCGCCUUUCUGCUCGAGUUCAUCGUUCGUCUGGCAUUUCCCUAUACCAAAUAUCGUUUGCCCUACUCGCUGCGCUCCAUCGCCUCGUUCACUUCCUCCAUGCUGAUGUACAAUCGUCUGCGCGCCUCCAUUCACAUGGAUUAUAUGCCGCUCUUCGAUCCGGAUAUCAGUGCCGAGCGGAGUGCCAAAUGGUAUGCCAAGUGGUGGGAUGAGAAGCAGAAGACCAACAAGUCGAAAAAAGCUAGAUAAGCUCAAGGGAUGUCUGGCCAAAGUCUGUUAUACUCGUUUUACUCUCUACUCUAUGUUAGUGUAAUCUGUGUUUUUGUUUUCUAGCGAAAAAUGUAAUAAA